AUGCCAUCACCGUUACUGUCCAUUGAUCCACAGCGCCCUUCUUUCUCGCCAGCUGACUGUCGCACCCUCCAGAGGAUGCUGCACGACGUGCGCAGCCCUUCACCUCUUUCCCCAACACCGUACUUUAGCAAUGGACCAGCAAGUCAGUCAAUUUUGACUGAAACUCCCAACAGCAAAAGCUAUGAGGACAAUAUGAGCUGCAAAAACCUCCAAUCAGCUCACGGUGACGAGCGACAAGACGGCUACGAAGAUGAAGACGACAGUAUGGAGCUGAGCGAUGGCGAAGAUGCUUUUGGAGCAGGUGAGAGGGAUAGAGAUACGAUCGAGGACAUCAUGAACAUGCCCGGCAAGAUGGCAUCGUCUGUGCCGGUUUGCGACUACAGCAGAUCCUAUCCUCACAAUCAGCAAGCCUCCGACGGGGCCAGAGAACUGGAGCGCCGUCGCGCUUCAAUCGAGAGAAGUUUGAAGGAGCAAUGUCGGCAACAGAAACGAGUGCAGAAAGCAGCCGCCGCAGACGGGGAUUACAACUUUGAUAUGCCGAUCGAUGGCGUAUCAGACCACAGGCUAGCUAUCGAGGAGACCUUUGACCUCAAAGCUCUCUACAAAGAUAAAGAGAUGCAUCGAGUGGAAGGACAACAGAUGGCCACCAAUUCGUAUGAUUCUUCCGAAGCUUCCAGAGACUGUCAUCAAAUGGUCGUUUCACCCAAGAAUGUUCGCAAAGCCUUAGAAGACACGCCACCAGCAUCGAAUUUCUCCGUCAACUUCUCUUCCCCUGCUUGCGCUGUCGUACGGACCCCUAAUGGCAAGCACGUCGACUUCGCAACCUGCGACUCCAUCCCAGAUUCGCCCGUAGAUCACACACGCAGCUGCGUCAAAGCACAAGAAAGCGACGAAAUCUCGCCAUCGGAACAUCAAGGUCACGCAUCUCCCCAAAGAAAACUCACUGAGCUUGCGCGAGAGGCCAGAGUUGAAAAAGAAGAAGUAGCGGAGCAGAGAGCUUUGGCCGAGCUAGAUAAAUUCAGGGACAUGGACCUUGCGCCUAUAGAGACGGUCAUGGACGGCGGAUCAGCAGGAGACCUGAUCACGUAUGGGACUCCGGUGAAGGCAAAAGAUGAAGAACUAUUUUUACGUAGGGCACCUGAUGGAUCUGGCUCCGAGCUUGAGGGUUGGAAUCAUAUAAAACGCUGGCAAUCUUCGAUCUCUCCACCUCGCCGAAAUCCUUUUUUCAUCGAGCAGGAUCGAGAGAACGGUGCGGGUGUCGAAGAGUCGAAUACCACGUCCGUUUCGACGCAGCAGCAACUCUCUGUUUUCCCCAGACGACCUACUUUCAUCACAGUCAUCGGUAUGCUUCCAGCGGUAAUGUUCUGGGCCACUAUUGCACAAGUCGUCGAUUGCAGCAGUAAGGUGUUCGACGUGCUCAUCGAGAGAUUGACAGGUUUAAAAGUGUAG